CAGACAUUUUUAUUUGCAGUUUUACUCACGCUCGUGAUACGAAACUUAACGAAUUGGUUGGCUUAUAAACGGAGUAAAUUAUCGCUGUAUAAAUUGUAAGUCUUUGAUAAUUAUCGAACAUGACAUAAAAGCUAGAUACUGUACAGACAGAUCGAAGUAUACAUGUAUGGUAAAUAUUUAUAAUAUAUAUCACAGAUACUCAAAUUAUAUACUAAUAAAAGGUACGCGAUUGGUAUAUAUUUCUUGUCUAUAUUUAAUCCUUAUACUCAAAUUUCUGCAAGAUAAAUAUGGUACUGUACAUAUCUAGCAUGCACCAGUAAUCAGUAUGGAAUGAAGGCGAUGUGCAUGACACAUUUGCUAUGGAGUCAUUGUGUGAGUAACUGAGUUUGUCUCAUUGACUGAAUUAAGACCUAUAGUUUUUGUUUGUUAUCAGAAAGAAAAACACUUGCUUAACCCAAUUUAUACUAUCCACUAUGACAUAUAAACAAUUAAAUAAAUGGUAAAUAAAGCCUAAUUAGCGGAAUUACAAGAUUACAAGAUAGUGAUGCAUGACAACUUCACCCAUUUUUCCUUAGAGAAUCAUUUAUAGCGAAACGAUUGGGGAGGGGGGCAAUUUAUGACAUCAAUAUAUUGCUGGGUGAGUGCUGCGCACCCAAGGCUUGAGCCCGCUAAGGGGGGGGGGGGGCAUGCCCCUGUGAAAAGCUGAGCUCUUUCAGAGCCCUGUAAAUGGAAUAAAAUUAAUGCUAGCUAUAAUAAAAAAUGGUAUGUGGGAAUUAGUUAGAAAAACAAUAAACAAGACACUGAAAGAAUAAUAAACUGUGCUUGCAUACAUACAUAGCAUUAGAAAAAUUCUUCCUUUUAUAAUGUCUAGUUUAUGAAAGUGUUUAGAAUAUGUGCCAUUUGUGUAAGUUGAACGUUGUAUUGUACACCUCGGCCCACAUUUACCAAUGCAUUUGAAAAUCUCUUUACCCCACCUCCACCCACCAGUCUACCCAGCUGUGGCUAUACCUCUGAUGUGUGGUGCACAGAAAUAAAACUGUGUAUGUUAACAUUCCAUACUCAGUCCAGAUGGUCCAUGCAUCAGCUAUCUGCUUAGUUGACAUGUGUAUUUUGCAGAAUUAAGUUACUGCAUGGAACUUGUACAUCAACCUCGUACCCAGGGUAUUUGCUCUUGGGGAGCAAAAUACCCUGGUAUGGCUUGGUCACGUGCCCCGCAGAUUUUGCGUAAAAUGGCGUAUUGUUUAAGAGCAAAUACCUGGGUACGAGGUUGUACAUUAAAAUUCAAUCUCGUUCCCCGAGCCUGCGAUCCUCGGGAAGGAAUCGAAGGCUCUGGGAUAAUCUGUUACCGGAAGCCAAGAAUCAUGGCUAAGAUUGAACUAUGCAUUCCAUAUCAAUGGCCAAUCAGAUUCCUCCCUGAAACGGAUUAUCCCAGAGCCUUCGAUUCCUUCCCGAGGAUCGCAGGCUCGGGGAACGAGAUUGAUUAAAAUUUAAAAGCGUACGUGAUAUAAUUACUAGGAGUGACAAUGUAUAUUCACUCCCCCAACCCUAGUAAACAAUACGUCAUUUUACACAAAAUCCGCGGGUCACGUGACCAGGCCAAUUUACCUGGGUAUUUCGCUUCCCAAGAGCAAAUACCCUCAGGGUACAAGGUUGCUUGUACAUAACUUUCCAGCUAGUCCACUACACACAGGCUAAAAUAGCCUCAACUUCAUUUGUUCUAAAUGUUCUAUACUGUUGCAGCAUUUUUUAAAUGCCGGUAAGGGUGUUAUUCAGAGAUUACGUAUGACACUGGAUGACAAGUUAUUGACAUCACCCGCAGCAAACGCCCAUGAGGUAGUGAUGCCCUGGCCAGUAAUUUGGCAUACUGUACGUAUUUCCUCGAUUAAAUGCUGCCCUCGAAUAAAUGCUGCCCUUGAAUAAACGCCGUCCUCGUAAGACAGUGCACAUUAGGGCGCUUUAGUAUAGUUUUUGCGUUUUGUAAUGAAUUUGGUUUUUGUUGAAUUCAAAACGCUGUGCGGUGUCUAAAGUGCACAUGACAUGAAUUUUGUUGCCUUAAUUUUAUUGCUUUACUAGAAAGUACCCUUCAAAUGGUGAAGAAUGGGGGUUACAGUUUUCUCAUGUCUUAUCUCAAUCCAGAGUUAUUACAGUUUUUGUAAUUUGGGCUAUGACGUCAUAAAGUUGUGCGAAAGUUUGCAAGAAAAACUGAAAGUGGAACAUGUCAAAGAGGAUUAAUAGGAAAAGAAAUGAAAGUUAAUAUACACAGUUGUUGAGUGCAGUCACACAUACAUUUUGGUAUGUUUGUGUGGUUGUCAAGGCAACUCACUAGUUCCCAGUCUCUGUGUAUUAAGUCACUCGGUUCCUGCUGUUUACUGGCAAAGAAAAGCGCCUGUUUCACAGUUUUUCAUUGACAAGUGCUAAAAUGUUCCUAUAAAGAACAUAAGCAAUGAAAACAAUAGAAAUAUAAAACUAAGUUUGUGCAAGAAAGGGGACUGGAAAUUAGGGCGUUGUCUUGACAACCUCAUAAACAUUCCAAAAUGUAUGUGUGACUGCACUCAACUACUGUGCAAAGUUUCAUUUCAUUUGCUCAAAUCCUCUUGGAGAUAUUGCACUUUAAGUUUUUCUUGCAACUUUUAGCACAGCUUAUGACGACAUAGCUCAAAUUACAAAACCUGUAAUAACUCUGGAUUGAGAUAAGAUAUGAAAAAACUGUAACCACCAUUCUUCAUCACUUGAAGGAUACUUUCUAGUAAAGCAGUAAAAUUAAUUAUAAAGCAAAAAAUUCAUGUCAUGUGCACUUUAAUUUAAUCGAGUAAAUACUGUAUGGUCUAAAUAUGGCCUGGACAAUUAGUAUAUUGUUCAACAUAAUGGCUCCCUAGAGUGCCGGCCAUCUCUUUGUGCGGUUGCUAAACGAAUAUGAUAUUCUGGAUUUACGCUUCGUAUUUUUUAAAAUUAGCUAGUGUAUCUAUUCUAAUCAAAUUGCCGCUUGGUGCAAACAUGCGCCCAGUGGAAGCCAGGUUAACCCAAUGUACUGUUACAACUGUAUUGUUAUUGUAUGGCAUGGCGAUUCAUCUGCAAAAUGCAGCAUUUUGAUUGGUCCUUGAGCUGUCGGUAAGCUGCAGUACGCACCGCUCACUGAUCCCAUAGUAUGAACCGCUAAGAAGGACUGCUCGCGAACCUCAAAAAUUUAAAUGGCUAUUUUCGCAGUAGAAGACUAUAACUAUGUGACCAUGGUAAGUUCUAAUAGGAAUAAGUGUAAUAACUAACUAUUCUACCCUGUUAAGAACUCAAGACAUCGCAAUGAAUGUUGACGAGAAAAUUCAUUUUAAUGGUUACAAAGUGGAUAGUGAAGUGUGCUAUGCCUACUUUCCCAAUGACCAAGUCAGUGUGACAAAUACAAUUUCUCACAGUAAUGUUCAAAUUGUCGAAAACGGUUGUAAUGACAACGAGUUUGAAGAAAUCGACAGUGAAUGUCAAUGUGAUGUUGUCCAUUACAAUGAACAUGAUGGUGAUAGUGAUGACUUAUAUGGUUAUAAUGAUAACGAUUUUGAAGGCGGUGACAGUCCAUCCCAAAAUGAAGUUGCCACCUACAACAAACAUGACGGUGAAAGUGGUGAUGAUUUUAGUAAGGAUCAUUAUAAACGUAAUCAUGAUUAUGAUGGUAAUGAGUUUGUUAAUAAUCCUGAUUGUGACGAUACUUUUUGUCAUGAUGAUGAGGACGAUGACGAUAACGUUGGUGAUGAGGAGGAUGAUUCUGACGACGAAGAUAUUGGUUAUUGUGCUACGAAAACUGGACAAGACGAUGAUAGGGACGAUGGUCUUGUGUACUAUCAAUGCAACGAGUUUAAUGAGAAUACAACUGCCACUGUCAGAUAUUGUGAUUCUUGUGAAGAUAGUGGUAACAAAGGAUAUAAUGGUAAUUCCGCUAGUGAAUAUUUUACCUGUGCAGACGAUGAUGACGUCGUCGAUCAUGAUAUACUUGAGCAUGGUGAUGGACGAGUAAAAAAAUAUAUGGACAGUCACGGCAGGGUACCAAAAUUAUAUUCCUCUGUUCAGUUAACCAAAUGCAAUGAUUUGUGCAGUACAAAACAAUACGAAAACGUUAUGAACACGUUGGAAGAAUUUCAAAUACAGAGCGAGUGGGAAGAACACAAACGCCUUACGUCUGGUUUACAAAGACGCGAAAUCAAUAUUGAUUUAAAAAUUGUUUUGUUUCUUGAGCAAGGAAUGGCUGAAAUUCUGCAGAAGCAUUUUUCACUGGGCAAGAAAUUGUUUCGGCAGGCUUUACGGUUGUGCUCACAAAGUAAGAACUUAUGCCUUCUACAAGGACGUGCGCUGAUGUUCCUUGGCAAUGCAUACAGGAAAGAAGGACCAAUCAAAUAUGGCAAAGCAUUUAAUUGCUUAACAUUGGCACAACAGAACUUGUUCCUUGUCGAAUCCAAGGAGGAUAAAGCCGAAUUGAAUUAUUUCCUUGGGGUGUUAUAUUUGAAUAUGUUGAGUAUUUCUAUACAUGAACCGAGUCAAAGAUCCCGAGACAGAAUUGAGAAGCAUUACCAAGCUGUAUAUGAUUAUGCAAUGGCCGAGUCCGCAUCUCGCGUCCGGGAAAAAAUUCAAAAGAUUUUUCCACUUGGUAUGGCUAAUUUUUUACUUGAUGGUCAGACGGAGUUGGCCAGAUCUCGGGUUGUACCAGAGACGAAAUUGAAGAAGGCUGAGGAUUGCUUGAUAUAUUUCGCUCAUCGUUUUCCAUUUGAUGAACAACCGGUAAGCAUGCAAACAGAUUACUGCAAGUCUAUGUCUGAUUUGGAAUAUCGAAGAGGACAUUUUCACACAUCCCAGGUAAGUUGGUACAUCAUCUUUUUUAAAUGCAGUAUUGGAGAAUACCCUCACUUUUCCAAUAUGGGGAUCCCCCCACAAAUACAUUGCUCAAAAAUAAUUUUAGUUAAAAGAGUAUUUCCUGAAUGUCCAAACCAAGAUUUUUACUGUAAUGUCACAGAUCCUAAUCAUUAAAACAAUGUAGACGUUUCACAUUUGUCACCAAUGCAGUGCAUUGAUGGAACGAAACUUGCCAGCCUAGACGUAGGCCUUCUAUUUUUAUUAUUUUUUUUAAUAUUCAGCGCUUUUUCACAUGAAAAGACUGGGAAUGCUAGCCGAAAAUUGACCAAACCUGCCAAAGAUACCUGCCAAAGCCAGCCGAGUAAAGGCCUAGGUCUAGGCUGGAAAUUUGCUUCACUUACUGCCAGCAAGAACAGUCCUGUAAGAUAAGCUACCUUUGGUUAUGUCUGUCUCUCCACGAUGUUUCGAAGUAAGCCUUCAUGAGGAAUUUAGUAGUGUCUACAUUAAGUAUACAUACAUACCUCCUCACCUGUGGAAUGUAAUUUAAUUCGUAGUAGUAGCUGGAUUCUGAUAUUUGGAACACAAUCAUGCAUAUAUGCACAAUGAAAUUUUAAUUAUUUCUCCCAAUUUAUUUUUUUUCUAGGAAUUUCUGGGAAAAGGUCUUAAAAUAGCCGAGAUGCAUGGGUAUCACUUAGAAGUUCAAUCACUUGAGAAAAGAUUAUUAAUGUUGGAGAGAUGUUUUCCUCGUGUAUCCGUGUGCUUCCCUCUAGAUGAUACCGCUAACCUUGCUGAUCAGAGUUCCACGGCUGACUCCGAGGUAAAUGUCUUCAUCUCUGGAAGUGAAUGACAAAUAAUAUUAAACAUAAUUAACUGGUAAAUAAUUGGAUCUGAAAUAGCCUCUUCCGCAGACAACGCCUUAAAUGAGCGGGUACAGUUUCAGUGCUUGCAAGAAAUUCUAAACUGAUGCAGCUACAGUAAUUCAGCUGACCCAUAAAACAGGUGUGAUGUCAGAUGCUUUCGCUCUUUCGCUCACAACAUCGUUCCUUAUAUUAUAUUGUCUGCACACAUGCAAAUUUUGUGUUUUUUUCAGGACGCCCAUGUGUUUGAUGUACGCACAUCUGUUUUAGGCUCGCAUACAUUGGUCUACUACGCAUGUCAGGCUGUGGAAAUAAUAAAAAAACAGUAUUUUAUUGAGGUGUUAACGCCAAUAUUUGUCUUGAAAAAUCAAGACAACCAGGGAAGGAAAGUUUUAUUUUCAUAUUUUGGCAUUAAUAUGAAAGAAAACAGGGGCCAAAAUUCACAAGAGAACUUCAAAUGUUAUUGAUUUUCACGGAAAAUGUUUUAUUUUUGUAUAUUAACUAUGCCUGCGCCAAGCAGUCUAGA